AUGUCCACUCCCAAGAUCGAAGCUACAGAGCCUGAUCCUGCAGCUGCCUCAAUUCCCAACGAUGAGACCGUGAACAAGGAGAACGGCGACGCUUCUGCGCCCACCGAUGUGGAUGUUGUCGCAGAAGAAACCAAGGCUGAAGUAAAAGAAGAAAAUGGCGACGCUGCAGAGAAGAAAGAUGUGAAGAGCGAGGAUACUGAAGAGGCCAAUGAAGAAGGCAAGCCUAAGCUGAGAUUCAACGAGAAUGGCAUCCUCAAGACUUCUGCCAAACCUAUUGAGGGUGUGAACAACAGCAAAUACGAUGCGUCUGUCUUGUCAGAGUCUGAAGAUCCUGUCAAGAUCCGAGCACAGGUCGAAUUCUACUUUGGAGACUCGAAUCUUCCAACUGACAAUUAUCUAUGGGACCUGACCGGUGGUUCUGCGAACAAGCCUGUCGAUCUUGCUAAAAUCCUCGGAUUCGGACGCAUGAAGCGCUUUACGUCAAGAGAAAUUGUCCUUGCCGCACUCAAAGAGAGCAAGUCCCUCCAGGUCACUGGUGAAAAGGGCGAGGAGCAGGUCAAUCGCCGCAUCGCCUACGACCCAACGAAGUCUAGCAGAGCUGAAUCUCGAUCGAUCUAUGCCAAAGGCUUCGGCGACGAGGAACCAAGCUCUCAAUUCGACAUUGAAGCAUUCUUUGCUCCUUACGGUCCCACCAAUGCCGUUCGACUCCGCCGCACUGAUGACAGACUGUUCAAGGGUUCCGUCUUCGUCGAAUUCCAAGAUGAUGAGACCGCCAAGAAAUUCCUCGACCUCGACCCCAAGCCAUUGUGGCAGGGCAAGCAUACCCUCCUCAUCCAAUCGAAGAGAGAGUAUGUUGAAGGAAAGGCACAAGAUAUCCGAGAUGGAAAGAUAGACCCUCAAGAGGCUCGUAUUUUUGGAAACCGUGGUAGAGGCCGUGGUCGCGGAGGUCGUGGCCGUGGCCGUGGCGGUGACUUCAAGAGAGGGGAUCGUGAUCGAAAUGGAGGCCGUGAGCGACGUGACCGAGACUUUACCGAUCGCGAUCCUGAUGACUGGAAGAAGAGACGCGAGGAAGACCGAGCUUCUGGCUUCAAGGAUGAUCGCAAAAAUGGUCGAAAUGCUCGGGAUCACCACAAGAAGGGUGGUCGUGGUGGACGUCGUGAUGAUCGAGGACAUCGUGACAACGACAGAAAUCGGGAGCGGAAAGAUAGAGAUGAGUGA